AUCCACGAGAAAUUGCCAAAUACGCUUCCGAAAGAUUCGUUAGAGACGCUGAUCCUACCUACAGUCAAGUGGCUGGCGCGCUUACAACUGAGUUCAGGUAACUGGCCUUCCAGUCUGGGCUCGAGCAUUGGUCAUGACCGUCUGGUUCAGUGGUGUCAUGGAGCACCCGGUAUUGUGCCUCUUUUGCUUUGUGCUUACAAGAUGACAGGAGACAAAGACUACCUAAGGAGAGCAGAACGGGGAGGAGAGGCAGUAUGGGAACGUGGUUUGCUCACUAAGGGCUGUGGCCUCUGUCACGGAUCUGCUGGUUCCGGUUACGCCCUUCUAAGUCUCUAUCAACACACCGGGGACAAAAAGUACCUUCAAAUGGCUGCAGCUGUUGCUCUUUGGUGCACAGACUACUUCACACACGCCGAGAGAAAACCAGAUCGUCCCUUGUCAUUGUUCGAAGGUUCGCUACUCACCGUUAUUGUUAUUAAUAUGAUCUGCUCGUCUAUGUAG